GAGACUAUUGAGACACAGCCAGGGUAGCCUACAUAAUAACAGCCCAGAGGACAGUAGACAUUGUUUGCAGGGAGAUGGGGUUGAGUCAGUUGCAGGCAUAUUCUUUUGGAUUGAGAAGAUUGGAUAUAAUUGGAUCGGAGUUUGACCCUUUCUGGACACUUGGCAUUGACAAGGCUCAUACACUCAGAUUCUCCCUGACCUUCUGAACUUUUACACCUGACCCUGUAUCAAGUAUGGGUGUCCAACAAUCAGAGCUCCAAUCACUGCUCCUCCUCCCACUUUACCUCUUGGUAUGGCUAUACUCCCUCAUCUCUUUCCUUCCCUGGUACUACCUGACCGGGGCUGGGGAGAGGAGGGCCAGGGCCAUGCGGGUCAAGGCCCGCUCCACGUCUGGGCUCCCCGAGGGGCCGUACCGCUGUGUGGACAGCUUCAAGAGCCUGGCUACCGAAGACUUGCCUGGUAAAGACACGCUGGACAAGUUGUUUGAGCAUGCCGUGCAACGCUUCAGGGACGCAGACUGUCUAGGGACCAGAGAGGUUCUGAGUGAGGAGAACGAGCUCCAGCCCAGCGGGAAGGUCUUUAAGAAGCUCAUUCUGGGGGAGUACCGCUGGCUGUCGUACCAGGAUGUUGAAUUGAGUGUGAGACACCUGGGCAGUGGUUUGACAGCCCUGGGACAGCAGCCGAAGAGUAUGGUGGCCAUCUUCUGUGAGACCAGGGCAGAGUGGAUGGUCGCUGCUCAGGCCUGCUUCCGAUACAACUUCCCAUUGGUGACCUUCUAUGCAACACUGGGAGAGGAGGCGGUGGCCUUUGGACUGAACGAGACCGAAGUAACGCAUCUCAUCACCAGCACCGAUUUACUGGAGACUAAACUGAAGGGAGUCCUUCCUCAGAUCCCCAAUCUGAAGCACGUCAUCUGUGUAGACCAGAUUAGGAUCAGUACUGAGGGAUAUCCCCCGGGCCUCAGCAUCCACAGCAUGGCUUCGGUACAGGAGCUGGGGGCUCGUCCUGACCGCUUGGCCAAGCCGUUGGUGAGGCCUCAGCCGUCAGACCUGGCUGUGGUGAUGUACACCAGUGGCUCUACAGGCAGGCCCAAAGGAGUCAUGAUCGCCCACAGCAACAUCAUCGCUGGGAUGACCGGCCAAUGUGAACGCAUCCCCGGCCUGGGGCCUAAAGACAUCUACAUCGCCUACCUCCCUCUGGCCCACGUGUUGGAGAUGACCGCAGAGAUCUCCUGUGUGGCGUACGGCUGUCGCAUCGGCUACUCUUCUCCACAGACGCUCUCUGACCAGUCCACCAAGAUCAAGAGAGGAAGCAAAGGAGACAGCUCUGUGUUGAAGCCAACCCUGAUGGCUGCUGUACCGGAAAUCAUGGACCGUAUUAAUAAGAAUGUGAUGAACAAGGUUCAGGAGAUGAGCUACAUUCAGAGGACCCUCUUCAACCUGGGAUACCACUACAAACUGGAGCAGGUCAAGAGGGGCUAUGAUGCUCCUCUUUGCAAUGCGCUGCUGUUCGGUAAGGUGCGGAGGCUUUUGGGCGGCCGUGUGAGGCUGAUGUUGUGUGGAGGAGCUCCACUCUCCUCCGCCACCCAGAGGUUUAUGAACGUGUGUUUCUGCUGUCCUGUGGGCCAAGGCUACGGCCUGACGGAAACCUGUGGAGCUGGCACCAUCACCGAGGCGACGGACAACAGCACGGGAAGAGUGGGAGCCCCGGUCCUCUGUUCUGAGAUCCGACUCCGGGAUUGGGUGGAGGGAGGCUACACCAAUCGGGACAAGCCUCACCCCCGAGGGGAGAUUCUGAUCGGCGGGCCCAACAUCACUAUGGGUUACUAUAAGAAUGAGAAUAGCAACCAGGACUACUUUGUGGAUGAGAACGGCCAGAGAUGGUUCUGCACAGGAGACGUUGGAGAGGUCCACCCCGAUGGUUGCCUGCAGAUAGUGGAUCGUAAAAAGGACCUGGUAAAGCUCCAGGCUGGAGAGUACGUCUCUCUGGGGAAGGUAGAAGCUGCUCUGAAGAACUGCUCUCUUAUAGACAACAUCUGUGCAUAUGCCAACAGUGAGGAGAACUAUGUGAUCGGCGUUGUGGUACCCAACCAGAAAAAGUUGAUGGAGCUAGCUAGACGGAAGGGAGUAGACGGGAGUUGGGAGGAGCUGUGCACCAACCCCACCAUGGAAAGGGAGGUGCUAAAAGAGAUCAAGGAGGUCGCCACUUCAAUUAAACUACAGCGGUUUGAGAUCCCAGAGAAGGUCCAUCUGAGUCCUGAACCCUGGACCCCUGAGACUGGCCUGGUGACUGACGCAUUCAAACUGAAGAGGAAAGAGUUGAAGAACCGCUAUAUAUACCACAUUGAAAGGAUGUAUGGAGGAAAGUAAUGUAAUUAUUGUCAGUGUUACCUAAUGCCUGGUGUGAAGGGCCCAUUCUAUGUACCUUUUUAUAGUGCACCACUUCAAUAAUGGCUACUAGGACAGGGUUCUGUAGUCAAUAGUGCACAAUUUGAGGAAUUGGCUGUCAUUUGGGAUGUAGACCUUGGUUACAAGCAACUGAUCAGUUUAAUUUGGUUGUUUGAGACUGCUAGAUUAAAUGCUGGCAAACCCUUAGCUGUAAUAAAGGAGGGUUUGCUGUCUCUGAACAAAGUCAAUCUUGCCAACAUUCCACUGUUGAGUUGAUUGAGCCACAGACCGGGCCAGUCAUAUUGCUGAAUCCACUGUUGUCUUGUGGAACUCCUAUUCCCUAUGUAGUGCACAACUUUUGACUAGUGCUUCAUGGACCCUAGUCAAUAGUAGUCCUCUACAGAAGGUAAAUAGGUGUAAUUGAGGUGAUUAUUGCUCAAUAGAGACACUGUCUUUGUGUGUGUGUGUAUAUGAAGAAUAUCCCUAUUAGCCAGUUAUUUGAGCUCAUGUACUUGGGAGGAAAAAAGUGAAUUGCACUCAAUCAUGUUCAGUUCUGAUCUUCAUUACUAUAAUUAUUACUAGGACAAUAGUCUUUCCUGAAUUGUAAAUGUGAAAUUAUUUAUUGGGAAUAGAGUAGUCCCAUAUAGUAGGUAACACAAAUAUAGCAUAUUUUGAGAAAAUGAAAUCCUUUGUCAGAGCUUACCUUAUCUUCCAGCCGAAGCUCUUAAUACCCGUUUUGUAACGGAAAUACUUUUGAAUAUCUAUGUAUACUUUGUGUUGUGUAAAUACAAAGCACAUUGGAUUUGGUCACUGACAUGUACAGUAGUUAAUGAGUAUGGCGGUAAGAUAAAAGCAGUGACGUGACUAUGCCUUCCAGUGCCCUGAUUCCCCAGAGUCUUUGUGAAGGAAGAUUCUGGUAGAAUGAUCGAGACUUGAACUUCUUAAUUUAUUUUCCUUUCAGUACCUUUCCCUAUCAAACAAUUUGGUUAAAUUAUUUUGCAUGUAGCACCAAACCUGUCACUCAGGAAACUUAGACUACCAGAUAUUUAAUAAAUUAUUUGUCCAGGAAUAUACAAACUAGUAUAAUGUAUUUUGCUUUGUCAAAUGUGUUGUCUUGAUUUCCAUUUUUUAUUUCAUACUGUAUCCUUAUGUGCACCAUAUCUUGAUUCCAAAUAGGGCAAAUUCCAGUCCAAUAGGCUGUCUUAGCCCCCAGUGUAAUUCCCAGUCAAAAUAGGAACCAAACUUUACAAUCGUAAUGUGAAUCAGUUUAACUGAAUUAAAACAUGGGUAAGAAAUUCUUUACCUGAAUAUUUUAAAUAAAGGAUGUUUUAUGUUGUCACAAUGACAAAAAGCUGGUCUUUAAUGAACAUUUUGAAGUCA